AUGUUGUUGAACCAUGCAAAACAGGAUUACCGUGCUCUCCUAAUAGAAGCAUUGCCCGUACAGAAGAGGAGGUCAAGAUUAAAACAAAACACUUCCGAAGAUGAAGCUGAAGAUGUUUCUUUAAGCAUAAACAUUCUGUUGAGCAUAAAAGUUCUUGUAAAUUCUAUGCCUUGCUUCGUGAGAAAAGCAAGAAAAAAGAGUAAGAAGACUGCAAGAUCUUCUUGUGAAAGAUGCAGAUUGAGAUGUUUCGAGAAAUUAUGUGAAGAGGACCAAGUUGAAAUUUUAUGCAGAGUGGUAAACUUUUCAAACAAAAAUGAGCAAUACCUUUUUUACCAGUCCUUAAUAGAAGCAUUGCCCGUACAGAAGAGGAGGUCAAGAUUAAAACAAAACACUUCCGAAGAUGAAGCUGAAGAUGUUUCUUUAAGCAUAAACAUUCUGUUGAGCAUAAAAGUUCUUGUAAAUUCUAUGCCUUGCUUCGUGAGAAAAGCAAGAAAAAAGAGUAAGAAGAGUGCAAGAUCUUCUUGUGAAAGCUGUAACAAAACUGCAAAUACAACAGACCACCCUGCUAAACAUAAUAAACAAAUUAUCAAAUCCACAGAUACUACCUGCAACCACUAUUCAGUGCAAUAUAAUUUAUGCCACAAAAAGAUGGAAUCGCGAUGUAAGAGGAUCCUUAAACUUGCAAUGGCAACCGAGAAAUCGAACAUUCCCGUUCUAAUGACUAGUGAUACCGAAAACUCCGUAAAAUACCCAGACUAUGAAGAUAUAGAACAAAAACAUCGUAGUCGAAGAAAUACUUCAUGUUCUGAUGAAGAAGAUUUAUCUAUUAGCGUAAUAAAUCAAGACAAUAUGUUAUGUAAAAGUGUGAAUCUGCUACCUGGGGAAAACUAUAAAAUGAUACCCAAUAACCUUAUACCAAUACAAAGUGAACCGCCUGAUAUAUAG